AUGGUCCCCUCUGCCACCGUCCUGGCGCUGUGCCUGGCGCUGCUCCUUGCCUGCCCCACGCACGGUGAGGAGCUGCCGGGGCCCCGGUCCGUGCGCUUCGCCGCGGAGAUGGGGUGGCACCUGCUGAGGUGGGAGCCGGGGCACAGCUCCCCCAGCAACGCCCGCUACGACGUGGAGUACAUAGUCUACGGCUCAAGUAGCUCCUGGACAGCCAUCCCGGAGUGCAGGAACACCUCGGAGCACUCGUGUGACCUCACCCGCUACACCCCGGACCCGGAGCAGCGCUACCACGCGCGGGUCAGGGCCGUGUCCGGGAACCACACGUCCUCCUGGCAAAGGACCGGCAGCUUCUUCCCACAGCAAGCUGGCCCGCGCCUGGCGGGCCAGAGCCUCUCCGUGAUGGGCAACUCCAUUCAUGUGCGGCUGCAGCUGCUCCUCCACUCCGGGAACACCACCCUGGAGUACAGCGACUUCCAGAGGGAAAUGACUCGGUACUACGUGUACGUCAGGAGGACACGGGACAACCACACGAUCACCGUGGUGAAGAACAGCACCGAGUUCACCAUCAGGGAGCUGUUCUGGGUCACGCAGUACUGCCUGAGCGUGGAGCCCAGCGUGGCCCACAGGCCCGUCCACGCCACGCGCACCGGCGAGCAGUGCGUCACCACCGGCCACAGGGACAGGAGCGCAGAGCUCCUCCCGGGCAUCCUCAGCUGCUCCUUCAUCAUCCUCUCCUUGCUGGGCCUCCUGGGGGCUCUGCUGGCGUGUACCUACAUAAGGAAACCUGUGAGGACACCGUCCACCCUGAAGUCCUUCAUGAAGCAGAGCUCGCUCUGGGUGGAGCAUGAGCCCCCAUCCUCGGGCAGCCUGGAUGCAGACCCCGUCCAGCAGCUCUUCCUGUGCCAGAAGGAGCCCCAGCUGGGCAGCAGCCCUGACAGCAGCACCAGCACGGCCCAGCUGCCCCUGGAGCAGGGCUGGAAGCUCCCAGCAUGGCCCAAGGACCAGCUGGGCCCGCUGGGGCCCACGGGGAGCAGAGACAGCAGCGGCACCAGCACCGACAGCGGCAUCUGCCUGCACAUCCCCUCCUCCUCCUCCUCCCUGAGCUGCUCCGCGGGCCCCGAGCCCCAGGGCUACAGGCAGCAGCUGCCCACGGCUGAGGACAGUGGGGUGGGCUUGGAGAGCCCCUGCCCUGCUCCGGGCUGCUCCUCUGGCAGCGGGAACGCCAGCCCAGGGGAGCCCUGGCUGUCCCCUGCCACCAGCCAGGCAGAUGUGGAGUUCCGGGGCUACCUGCAGCAGUCCAAGGGCACCGUGGAGCCAGAGCGGGCCCCGGGCAAGGGAGAGCCCCUCUCGGGCUGUGCAGGGUCCGUGCAGGGCCUGGGCAGCACUGACACCGUGCUGGACAUGGAGUGCUCCGAGCUGGCUGUGUCCAAAGGGUAUUUGAAGCAGCCCUCCCCCGAGCAUCCCCUCACGCAGGACCUCGCUCCCUGGGGAGCCCCUGCCUGCGACUUCUCCAGCCAGGUGGGGCCCCAAGCCCCCACUCUGCUGAGCUGGGCAGCCCCGGGUGCUCCACUGACCUCCAAAGCCAGCCCUGAUCUGAAAAGUCCCUUCGACCUGAACAUCUUCAGCAGCACUGCCCUGCCGGGCACGCUGCUGCUCGUGCCCAGCCUCAGCUCCAGCUGGAUCACGCCGCCCAUCAAGCCCCUGGGCUGGCUCAGUGGGGACAGCAAGGACAGCCGCCUGUGA